UAAUAAAGUAUUUGCAUAAAUGAAGCCAACUCCGUCGGGUGCCGGCAAAACGGGCGAGCAGGAAUCCAUUGAAUACGUUACGCUGAUCAGCGACGAGGAUGACUCCAACGAUGUGCCCGCCACAAGCGAUGAGCGGCGCACAAGUCGUCGCAAUAAACCUAAGGUGGACUACACAAACAAGACUGUAACGACUAGCAAUGUGGAGAGCGUUGGGUAUGAAAAAUCCAGUUCAGUAUCUUCAGGCAGCAGUAGUGGACAGGUAGAUAAGCGUACUCAGACCCAAUCUGAGCAACGUCAACGCAAGUCCGAGUCUGUGAGUGGUAGCUCGCGUGGAGCAACGCAAAAGGAUACGACGAAUGGUGUAAAUGGAAAAACACGCGACACCAGCACUUCUACGGUUCUGUCUGGCCAAGAGGGCGCUGUAUUUCAGUCGCGUUUACCUUUUAGCAAAAUGACUCCCAAUGAGGAGGCCUGCUUUCCGGAUAUCAGUCGCUCCGGAAUUUUAGGACAUCGUGUGUUUCUGAACAUACGCAACAGCCUGCUGCACAUGUGGGUUGAUAACCCAAAAUUACAGCUGACCUUUGAGAACGCGCUCAAGGAUUUGCCGCCACCCUUCGACAGCGAACCGAAUCUUGUGAAGCGCGUGCACUCGUUUCUGGAGCGGCAUGGCUUCAUCAACUUUGGCAUUUUUAAACGGCUGCGGCCUAUACCAACCAAAAAGCUGGGCAAGGUCAUAGUCAUCGGAGCGGGCAUCUCCGGACUGGCAGUGGGACAGCAGUUGCAACAGUUUGGUAUGGACGUGAUUAUGCUAGAGGCAAGGGAUCGUGUGGGAGGACGCAUUGCAACCUUUCGUAAGAACAGCUAUAUAGCCGAUCUAGGCGCCAUGGUGGUUACUGGCGUUUACGGCAAUCCAAUGACGAUUUUGAGCAAGCAGAUUGGCAUGGAUCUGGUACCAAUACAGCAGACAUGCCCACUCUACGGGCCGGACGGAAAGCCUGUGUCCAAAGAGAAAGAUGAUGUAAUUGAGCGCGAGUUCAAUCGUUUGCUGGAAUCCGCUAGCUAUUUAUCCCAUCGUCUGGACUUUAACUACGCUGGUAAUAAUCCUGUCUCAUUGGGCGAUGCGCUUGAGUGGAUCAUUAGCAUGCAAGACAAGGCAGUGCAGGAGAAACGUGCGGCCCACAUGCAAGAAAUUCUCACUGUGCAGGCAGAAAUCAUUGAUCAUCGCAAGCGCCUUAAAAGCGUUUUACUCAACAUACAAACUCUGCGGACCAGCCACCAGGAGCUGAUGCAGAAGCGCCUAGCCAAGGGCGUCCAAAGUGAUUCCGCCUAUGGGCUACAGGAAUACAAUAUACGUGUAACGCAAAUCAAGCUGGAUGAUGAGCUCAAAUUAGAGGAGGAGCUGCGAAGCCAGAGUCAAAUAUUAGACACCAAGCUGCAUCAGUUGGAACAGAAUGGACAUAGUCAGGUUUAUCUAUCGUCGCGAGACCGCCUCAUAUUGGACUGGCACUUUGCGAAUUUAGAGUUUGCCAAUGCCACACACCUCAACAAUUUGUCACUAAAGCACUGGGAUCAGGACGAUGACUUUGAGUUUAUUGGCCACCAUACAACAGUGCGUAAUGGCUACUCCUUUGUGCCAGUGGCGCUCACCGAGAAUCUCGACAUACGGCUCAACAGCGCUGUCAAGGAGAUCAAGUACAGCAGCAAGGGUGUGGAAAUUGUCGCGGAAAAUCUGAAAACCUCCAAUUCACAGAUGACAUACAAGGCUGACUUGGCUGUCUGCACGUUGACGUUGGGCGUGCUCAAGGUAGCGGUGGCCCACGAGGAGUCAGAGCACGCCAACACAGUUAAGUUCACCCCACCGUUGCCGGACUGGAAGCAGCAGGCCAUACGCCGCUUGGGCUUUGGCAAUCUCAACAAGGUGGUGCUUUGCUUCGAUCGCAUUUUCUGGGAUCCCAAUGCGAAUCUGUUUGGACAUGUGGGCAGCACCACAGCCAGUCGUGGUGAAAUGUUUCUAUUUUGGAGCAUCAGCUCGUCGCCAGUGCUGCUGGCCCUGGUUGCUGGCAUGGCUGCGAAUCUGGUGGAGACUGUUACGGAUGAUAUUAUUGUCGGACGUUGCAUUUCUGUGCUGAAGAAUAUUUUUGGCAAUACUUCUGUGCCUCAGCCCAAGGAAACGGUUGUCACUCGCUGGCGCAGCGAUCAGUGGGCGCGUGGCUCCUAUAGCUAUGUGUCCGUAGGCUCAUCUGGCAGCGAUUACGAUCUCUUGGCCGCACCGGUCAUACCACCGUCUAACUUCGAGCCCCACUACAGCAAGGAAGUGGACGAGCUACCACGGCUCUUCUUUGCCGGUGAGCACACCAUACGCAACUAUCCAGCGACCGUGCAUGGCGCCUAUUUGAGCGGUCUGCGGGAGGCUGGACGCAUUGCCGAUUACUAUCUAGGCUAUCCGGAAGGCACGCCGCCCGACAUUGGCUACUCGGUGAGUGAGGCCGCCAAUUCUGUGUCCGUCGGCAAUGUUGUAAAGCUGCGCGAUCUCUCACCACAUCUCGCAGACUCGCCGUUGUCCAAAAAGGAGGAAAACUCAAGCACUGCCAAUGCAUCGGACUUGAAUUAAUGUUUAAUAAUCAUAAUCUGUUGUACGAACCAAAAUUAUCUAAUUUAAUUGUACCUUUAUAUAUAUGCACAAUAUUUGUUAGCUUGUAAGAUUUUUUUGCGACAAAUAAUAUAAACAAUUGCAAAUUGAAAAUCGUUGCAAGGCAGGAAUUAAAACCCCUGAAAAAUAGUUUAAUAUAACUUAAAAUUAAGGCAUUAGCUGAUUGACACAGUUCUUUGAUACAUUUUCUUUAAAUUAUCUUUCGAGCCCACAUGCAUUCGAAAUAUUUAUAAAAAAAAUGAAUCUUCUAUCGUUUAAAUUGGUAUGUACAAGUAAUUUAUUUCAA